AUGAUUACACGUGUGUCUCUGCUGCUGCCCUUGGCAGUAGUUUCACUUCUCCCCGCAAUCACUCUCGGUGCCGACUAUGGCGACGAGGUCAAUCCCGCUUCCCAAUUCAAAACGAAGACGAUCCCAGAUGGAACAAUGCCUUCAUUGCCCAAUUUUGGGGUGCUCGCAGAGAAUCGUUUGAGUUCUUGGGAUGAUCAUAGCCUUACACUCACUACUAAUGUUUUAAUACCUGGAAAUUUUCUGGCAAGGAAGCACUUGUCAAAUGGAUAUAUUGGCCUUGCUGAGGCCUCACUUGGCCCAUUUUUUGAAAGAGACUUCAAUCAAACACAUCGAGAUGGAAAGCAGCCAACGGAACCAUGGCCGGAAUUCAAUCCUCGUCAGAGUUUUGCAGGUAUUAUUGGAUUCUUCGACCGACAACACAACACGACGGAAACAAAUUAUCCGGAACUUCUCGAUCGAGGUGAUGAGAGUGUUAUCUCAGGUAUACCUCACUUCACUGAUAUAUCUAUCACCGCUGGUGAUCAAGUGCUCAAUGCUACUGUGGAUCUGGCUACCAUUAGUAAUUUCAGCAGUUCGCUGAAUUUGAUGAAUGCCACUGCAAGUUGGAGUUACACAUGGACUCCAAACUUGAAUAACAGUUCAAGCUUCGGGAUUGAAUAUAUGGCGUUUAUCAGUGCGGCCAGAGUCAACGUCGCGGCUGUUCAGCUUACUGUCACACCAUUGAAUAACACAACAGAAAAGAUCACUAUAACUGAUAUCUUGGAUGGUAGAAGUGCUGUUAGGUCAUUUUUGGGACAAAAGGGUCAUGAUGAUGCUUCUUCUAUAUAUGUUUCGAAUCACCCAAAUGCAGCUUUGAGCUCCAUCUCACCAAGGUCUAUCGUGUCUCCUAACAAUAAUUCUAUGACUAUUGGACAAGAAUGGAAUCUCGAGCUACAAUCUGGACAACCAAUAACCUUUCAAAAAUUCGUUGGAAUUGCCUCUACAGACAAAUUCACCGACGCGCAAACGACAGCAGCUCAAGCAUCUGAUAAUGCAACAAGUGAUGGAUGGGAUGUGCUUUAUACUGAGCACACUGCAAUCUGGAACCAGCGUAUGCAAAGCAAAAUCGUUGAUUACAGGAACCCUACCACCGGUCGUCUACCAGAGAACGAUACUACGGCUGAGGUUGAUCAAAUCAAUGCUGCUGUUAGUCGAUACAUGAUCCUCCAAACGCUCCUUCAAGAAGAUGGGAGUGAUCUGAACGACAAUGGUAUUAGUGUUGGGGGAAUUACUGCUGAUCCAUACGCUGGUAUGACUUUCUGGGAUAUGGAUAUCUGGAUGUUCCCCGGUAUAGCUCUGACUGAUCCUGAUUAUGCUCUUCAAAUGAUCAAACACCGUGUCAAGAUGUAUUCUCAGGCCAAAGCCAACGCUCCAGAAGAUUAUGUACAGGAAAAGUACAAGUUCGAUAAUGAUUCAAUCUUGUAUUCCUGGACUUCAGGUAGAUAUGGCAAUGCAACUGGAACAGGUCCUACAUUAGAUUAUGAAUAUCACAUUAAUACCGAUGUUGCAAAGAUGAUGUUGGACUACAGAAGAAUCACUGGUAAUGAGGAAUACUUCAGAGAAGAAUUAUGGCCAGUAGUCGAGAGUGCAGGGCAUACUAUUGAGGGUGUACUCCAGAAGGAUGACCAGGGAAAAUGGAACAUCUGGAAUAUGACUGACCCUGACGAAUGGACUAACCACGUCAAAAAUGGUGCUUUCACUCAGGCAUCUUUCUUCCAAAUCAUGAACUCCAUCAUUUCCAUCAAGGAGGAAUAUAAUGAAACGAUUCCACCCACUUGGCUCGACAUAGCCGAGAACAUUACUAUUCCCGUUUCUUCCUCUGGCAUUACUCUCGAAUACGAAGAUAUGCCCUCCAACAUAACCGUCAAGCAAGCCGAUGUAACAUUGAUGCUCCACCCUCUUUCUCUUCCAGAGUCAUCCAAGCCUAUAAACUAUACGCUCGAAAGGAAGCAGCCGACCUUCAAUAUUACACACAAAAGCAAUCGCUCCAUGGAUACCCACCCGCAUUCCAUUUUGACUGGUCAUGGUGGUACGAUGCAAAUCGCUUUCUAUGGAUACCUAGGUCUAGAUUCUUCGCAAGACGUACUCACUAUCCAGCCAACUCUUCCUCCACCCAAACAAUAUAUCACACUUAAUGAGUUCACUUGGGCUGGUCUCGCCUUCUUCCUCCAAUCCCCAGAACACAACUUCGGUUCCUAUGGUUCAAAAUCUCCCUGCAUCUCGCAUCCACAGUUCCAAUUCAUGCUAUCUCUCAAUCAGACCCUCACAUUAGAAAACGACAUGUAUUGGCAAGAUAUCACCACAUCCAAUAAUCUAAUUCAAUGUCUUCCAAUUAUUGGAUCUGACGCUACCGAAUUAAAUCGCUGGCCAGAGAGUGUCAAUGACGGGGACGUAGGAACGAGUUGGCAGCCCGAGAAUACUAAUGGAUCUUCUAUCUCUAUCGAUACAAGCUCUGUGGUAGGCGAAAGAAUAAAGACAAUUAAUGUGGUAUGGGGACAAAGAAUUCCCACCAGAGCUUUUGUCAUAAUUUUCAGCUCUACCAAUGCUUCAGAAGGAGAAGAGUUCCUCCUUCCUCUUCCCGAUCUUGAUACUCCAGAUGUGGCAAAUGUUAUCGCAAUUAGAGAUGUUGAUGCGCUAGCAUACACUAUGUCUUCAGACGAUUCUCCAGAAGGCGAUGGGGAUGAAAAUUCUGGGGAUGAUGUAAGACUCGAAGAAGGUCACAAAACGACUUACACACUACCUGAUGAUAGAAUAGUGUAUAUGGGAGAUACAGCUGUGCUUCAGAUUGCAGGGUGCAUAGGCACAAGUUGUGGAGUUUUUGGAGAUGAGGCAGGGGCUACAGUGGAAGAGUGGGAGGUAAUCGGUGAAGCUUAG